UGUCUCAAAUUAUUUGGCUAAAUGGUAAGUGAUCAUCCUUAUGUUAAUCACAGUGAAUUUAUCUGUGUUUUAUUCUUUCUGAUGUUAUUGCUAAAUUAAGUUCUGUUUGACAAAAUGUUGUAGCCAUUAGUUAGUUGAUUCUCAGAAUCAUGGAAUAUGCAACUUUGCAAGUGCCUACCUACUUUCUCCGUCAAAACUUUCUUCUUGUGAAUUGGCAGGAUGGACCUCCACCAUUUUCUUUGAAAGCAUUCCUCAACAGCAAAAUGAUGAUGGUGUUUGAACUUACUGCCAACCAGCAGUUCCAGGUUGUUCCAUUCUCCCGGUCUCCUUGGGCUAUAUACAUGACUUCUGCACAUGUCUGUUUGAUAACAGAUUUUUGCCUAGGUGGGGAGCUAUUUGCUUUGCUUGACAAACAGCCUAUGACAAUUUUCAAAGAGGAAGCUGCAAGCCAUGGUCACAAAAAUACCGUGCUCUAUGUCAAGUGGAAUCAAAAUGGUGACUGGGUGCUAACUGCCUCUAAGGAUCAAAUCACCACUAUUGAGCUUGCAAAAAUGUUGUUGGCGGAGGGACAAAGUCAUCUUUUUGUACAUUGGCCUGAACAAGGUGUUGAUGAUGAAGAAAAGAAAAGUGUGAUAUACAGCGUCAAUUUUCAGUAUAGCAGUUUCUCCGGUCCCAGUUUCAGCAUCAGCUUGCCCUACAGAUACCCCAGCAAAAUCAGAGUAGAUGCAGCAGGAUGGUUGCAUCCAAGCCUUCCAAGUAGCUAA